AUGAGUUUGGACGAAACCCUAGCGGUCACCACCGCCCAAGAAGACGAAGAGUACUUGUUCGCUUUCAAACAAAACAUGAUCUCGUGCGUUCCCCUGGUCCUGAAGGCCACCAUCGAGCUCGGCAUCCUCAAGCUCUUGUUUGAGAGCUCUGCUCAGCUCUCGUCCACCCAGAUUGCGUCCCGCCUCUCCAUCAAGAACCCCGGUGCCGGUGGCACCAUCGACCGCAUCCUGCGUUUGCUCGCCAGCUUCUCUUUCCUCUCGUGCACCCUCACGCAGGACAAAGCCGGGCGGCCUGAGAGGAUGUACGGCCUGGGCCCCUUGAGCAAGUACUACGUGAGUGAGGAAGGGGCUAGCAUGGCGCCAUGGUUGCGUUUAAUCUUUGACGAGGUUUCCUUGAGAUCGUGGUUUUACUUAAAAGAUGCAGUGAUUCAGGGAGAAGGCGACCCUUUCAAGCUCGUGAACGACGCGACCCUCUUCGACUACACCGGGACAGACCCGAGGUACAACAACCACUUCAACAAUUCCAUGAAGUGUAUGUCUACCGUUUUCAUGGGCAAAAUCAUGGACACUUACCAUGGAUUCGAGAAUGCCAAAACAGUCGUCGACGUUGGCGGCGGUGUUGGCGAAUGCCUUAAGCUUAUACUCUCCAAGCACCCCCACCUCCGGGGGAUAAACUUCGACCUACCCCAUGUUGUCAAAAAUGGGCUUUCUUAUCCUGGUAAUUGA